AUGUCUGAUGCUGAGAUCAAUUUUCCUCCACCAGGUUUUGAGCAAGAAGUGGUGUACCUAGAGUGCAAACGCAACCAUGCUGCAUCACUAAACCGUGUUUGCUAUGAUGGAUGUCAAGAGUUUCUCAAAGCAAGUGUUGAUGAAAGCAACACCAAAGAUGCUAUGCUAUGUGCUGUUUGUGGGUGUCAUCAGAACUUUCAUCUCCAACAUACUAUGUACACCCCUAAAGCCCAGAGCCAAACAAGGAACACUCCGAACAUUGGAAGUUCACUUGUAGGCCCAUCUGAUCCUCAUGUGGAAUUUAGGGUGAGUGCCGAAAAUAACCCUGAGAAUGAGAGGAUAGUGAUGCUGCCAAAGCCAAAGAGGAAGAAGAGAACGACUUUCACGGUGCACUUGAGGAAUCGAAUGACAGAAUUCGCUAAUAGGAUAGGGUGGACACCUAAAGGAACUAAAAGGGAGGAAAUUGACAAUUUUUGCUUAGAUAUUGGAAUUAGUCAUACAACAUUCUUAGUGUGGUUGAGCAAUCACCGUCCUCGAGCAAUGAAGAAAAAUACAGAAAUGGCAAAUUGA